GUACUCGUCUAUUUGGUCGGAGCUUGUACACCCGUCCUCAUAAGGACGACCCGAGCACAGUCAUGAGGCUCACCUCCACCCUCCUUCCCAUCAUCCGCUCGUGCUCGCAUCGCCUUCUCUCUCGCUCUCUCGCCAGUCGCAACUAUGUCUCCCUUCGCCAACGGCAACGGCUCCCCCACCAAGCCCAUCCCCAUCGACGCACACCGCCGGCGUUCUGCCUCAGACUCUGAGUCGUCCGAGAGCUCCUGCUCGCCUACUACCCCGACCGCCCCCUUCCCGACACCGGCGACGGGCUAUCCUCGCGUUGCACCCGUCUCUCCGUCUACGUCUCCUAUCCUUUCCUACUUCUUCAGCCAGACCUCGCCCAAGUCUCCUACGACCUCUCUGCCCUUCCGUCGCAACUUCGGCCCCCCGGCAAUCGACGAAGACGAUGAGACGCCCGUGCCUCCCCAGACCACCACUAAGCACGCCCGCCGGGCGAGCACAGCAUGGGCGGGCAGCGAGCGGUUCGUGCAGACCCCCGCACAGGCCCCUGCACCGACCCCUGACCAGCAUGAGAGAGCGACGGGCGUGCUCAGGAGGCUCUCGCUCGGGGGAGCCAUGGUGAGACCACAGAUCCCGCAGUUCAAGAACGCGAAGACGGGCGAGGGCGCGGGGAUUCAGAGGAGCGCCACCCCGCCUACGCUCCCCUCGACUCCUCCGCCCGGGAUGAAUGGCACGCCUCGCAAGACGCGGCGGUCGAACACCAUGAGUGCGGGCACGCAGCGCCCCAAGAGGGCGCCGUCCCCGAUGGGCGAGCGCAUCUUGACGGGUCACUUCGACAGCUUCCAUUGAAUGGUGUCGGGCUCACGCGAUCCGCACGCAUCCGAAAUUCCGUGAGCCCAUCGUCGUAUCUUCCCCCGACAUAUCUCUGCGCAUGAACGCUCUCGAUAAACCUGUGGAAACCCGUCAAGUUCGGCAGGAACUUGGCGAGGUC